AUGUAUCGUCCAAUCACUGAUUGUGAUUACGAACAUAAUUACUAUGAGAAAAGCUUGAUUUGUAAAAAACUCGAAGAAAACAAGAAGCAAAUCAUUCCUGAUAAAUUAAUGUGUUGUAAUAAAAAGGAAAAUAAUUGUUCCGCCUACACAAAAGAUUGUUUUGAACCAGAUGUAAUAGUUCAAUGCCAUAAUCUUACAACCCUUGACGCUUGCAGGCGUAAUGAUAUAACUGCACUCCAGGUUUGUGGUGGUUUGCAAGGUGGACUUUACUGCUUAACGACGGGUGGAGCGGUAAAUGAUCCACAAUAUACCCAACUUUAUUUUCCUGAAGCAAUAGAAUGGAUGGUGAGUCGGAACAAGCUCGAAGAAUCUAAGGAGUCAACUGUUUGUUAUGAUCAAGUUCAGGGAUAUCAAUUAUGCAACUCUACUGGAAAUCCUACUGCAAACUUUACAUGUGGUGACUUAUUUCAAGAGGGAUGUAAUAAAUGUACUUGGAAAAGCAGUGGGGGUAGCAUCCUUAAUCGAUACAUAAAAGGAGAAAUAUGUGAACCUAGUGCGGAUUCUCAAACGCCUACAAUAAUUGGAUUAGGCAUUUGUGUUGGAGUUUUAGCAAUGAUUCUGAUUUCGAUUGUUGCUGUGAAAGUUUACAAGAAAAUUCGAACUAGUGGUUCUUUUUAA